AUGGCCACAAAUUUGCCCUUCGCUACAGCGAAUGAUUUGAAAGCGUAUCAAAGGAUCGCGGAAGUAAUCGCCUCCUCUCAGUUAACCCUAUGCGGGUUUACGGCAUACGUGCAGUUGAUACCGAAUAAUGUGAACUCGAGGGUGGAUCUCGUGAAGAUACCCAAAAUGGUAGAUGAACCCAUAGAGACGUUUAAAUUGGAGGACAUAAUCGAGAAGUAUCCAUCGGUUUUGGUGGAGUUAUUUAAGAAGGGACCAGAGGACUGCUUUUUUCUGGUUAAAUGCUGGUCGAAUGUGGAUUUUGAGUUGCCGUCGGGGGAGGGGGAUGGC